GAAGAUCUUUGGAUUCCAAAUGGGUCCAACCAAGAAACCGGCCAGCAAUCGCCAGCAGCAUCAGUCGAUUUGUUUGCUGCUGAUCGGCUCGGUCAUGGUCGUGUCGACCGUUGCUCUCCACUGCACCUCGUUCGUCCGCGGGGUCAUGCGGCUCAAGGCCAACGGUCUGGGCCCGGACGGCGCCAAUUUGACGACGGCCAACCUCAUCAACGUCGGCAUCGAGCACCUCAACUACACCUGCGUCCUCAUCGGCGUCCACGCCGGAUUCUUCAUCGUGUCGCUGACCUCCAACUGGUCCGCCGUGUGGGACGCCCUGAUCCUCAUCCAGGAGAACCUCAACUUCAAGUCGUCGUUCUACCACAAGUGCAGGAAGGUCGUCCUAGUUGGAUUUUCUCUCCUCUUCACCGAUUGCAUCAUCCACAUCUUUGUCUCGAUCCAAUCUUCCUACUGGGACAUGGGGGUGAUGAGGCCGCUGGCCAUCGUGCUGGCCAACAUCUCGCGGACGACGGCCAUGAGCGUCUACUUCCUCUUUUGCGUGUUGACCAGGAUCGUCACUCUGGUGUUCCAGGGACUCAACGAGCAAAUCGCUUACCUGGACGAGGCCAAGAAAUUCGCCCCAUUCUACUCGACCAGGAUCCUGAACAUCCGGCUGGAAAAGUGGCGCAGGAAUCACGCCCUGGCCUGUAGGCUGGUCGAGCUGAUCAACAGCUCCUUGGGUCUGGUCAUGCUCAUGACCAUCGUCAACGUCUUUGUGACUUUCAUCACCACCUCGUUCGAGAUCGUUCGCUCCAUGAGGGACUUUGAGCCCGUCCCUUUUCUCUUCGUCUACAUUUUCAUCAAGAAAUUCAUUUUGCUCAUCGUCCUCAUCUACGAGCCCUACCGUCUGCAAGCCGAGGCUGGACGAACGGCGGCUUCGAUUCGAAGUCUGCAGCCAUUGACUUCUGAUCUCUUCACCCAAAUUAAACUGAAUACAGUGGUGAUGGAGGUGACACACGCUGGACCCAAGAUUACGGCGAUGGAAUUCUUCGAUAUCAACCUCAGACUUUUACCAACGUUGUUGGGUAGCGCACUCACAUACGUGGCCAUUCUCUGCCAAGCGUCGUCGACUUAAACCGCGCGUCUGGAUCAAAGGGAUAUGGGAAUCCUAUAAACGUGUAAAUCUCUGGAUGUAUGGCUAUACGUGAUGCUUAUGUACUCGGCCGUAUAUAAGUGCUUUGCGUACUGUCUACAUACACAGCAUCACGCGGCCAGGCAGCCAACCGUCUAUACUAUAUCCUACUACUUUCUAUGUUUGCAAAGUAAAUAAUUGAACAUAUAAAGAAAGAACGCUGCGAAACAAAUUAUUACAGAAACUGAAAAAACCCCGCUCAUAUAGUGUAUUGUUAUUGCAUAAUACUCCAAGCCGGUUUUUUCCCAAUUAUUAUUGCGCUUUGUUCUGGACGAGUUGAUGCUGUAUUCUUAUUGUGUGCUGCAAGCCUAAAAAUGU